GCUUUCCUGAGUGCCAGGAGUCCUUACCCAAUCAUGCCUGGAAUGCUGCUUGUCACUCUGGUUAUUUCUGCUGCCUGUCACCAUCGAGGUGCAGCGCUUACAGUUUGCCAAAUGGUAGUGGGUUGAUUCACCCCCACCUCCUCACAUCCCACCCCCUUUCCUUACACACGCACACACACACACAGUCUCAUUGGGAGUUUGUGGUCUGAACUUUGCAGAUCUCUGGCUGUGCUUCUCUUGUUACUAUGCGCUCCUGCUUUUUCUCUCUCUCCCAGUGAGCGAGGGAAGGCAAACAGUAAAAGGGGAAAAAGCGUGUGGGUGAGUGAGAGAGGCUGCAGAGAGACGAUCAGACACGUUUAAAAAGGGUGGGCAACAGACGGAGUCAACUGGAACCAGACGGAGACGUGAGAAUGUCUCGCCGGCUGCGUCUCUACUUUGGGUCCAACCGCAGCAACACAGCUCCCGAGAUAGAAGAAAUGGAGGACGAAGACCAGGAUACACAUUAUUAUAAUAAUAAUAACAACGUGUCUGGAGCUGAAACCAUGCUUUUCCAAAUGCGUCCGAGGAACCCGUUGCUCGAAGAAGACGCUCCUGUUUCUGGCAAUUUCUUAAAAAGAAGCUCGUCCAUGUUUAUCCCCCAGCUCCAGAGUCAAACUGAACCACCAAGGCCCACCAAGAGCACUUCCAUGCAGAUCUCCCUGCAGCGUUCUUCUACACCCCAGGACGACCUACAGUGCAUGGAUUCACCACCAGGAUACUUCCAGGAUCCAGCUCCGGCAUAUACCGCACCUACGGAGGGCUGGCUGUCUUCCCAGUCUGCAGUUUACCGCAGAAGAUAUAGUCCGACGUCUCCGCUUAUGGAUCAGACUAACCCAGGAAUGGACGCCGCCCAGCCUAAGAGGCGAGUUUUCUGCGUCAGGCCGUGCGAGUUACAGAACGGACGCUCUCCGUUGGCAGUCAGCAGCGAGAGUUCUCCAGGAAUCAGCAUAGGUGGCUUUUGUAUCCAGCAAAGUUCUUCCAAUGGAUCUGAUGUACAACAGUUCAGGAUAGUUCCCUACAGCCAGGAUGGGCAGAACGGGGCCUGCCGUUGGUCUGUUCAGCCAACCGCAGAUGGAAAUUCUGGCACUCGGAGACUCGUCUUCCAGCUCCAACAGGACGGGGGAAGAACCGUGAGUACAAACGGCCAGCGAGAGACAGCCGACCCCAUGGGUAAGGGUAGCCGCACUGUACGUUACCCGCGAAUCCGACUCGAGAGGAGCACUUCUUCUCAGCCUCUCUAUCCCAGACAGGUACCAUCUCGCCCCGGAUCUAUGCCUAAUCUUCAUGCUCCAAUCUCGGAGAGCUUCGACGACGAGGACGGCGCUCAAGGCUGCACCUUUAAGAUCAGGAAAGAACAGGAUCCAAGGCAAGCCAAGUUUAAGAUCUAUUUCAGCCAAGGAGGCGACCACAGGUCUAACUCGACACAGGAUAUUAGCUUUGGAAAAGCACCUACCUGGAACUGCCCAGAGGCUCACUCCGGUCACGAUCGACACAAGAACGGGCUUUUCCACUUCGGACAGACUCGAGAUGAUUUCCUGGGACAGGUGGACGUGCCUCUGAAUCACUUGCCGACCGAGGAUCCGGCGAUGGAGCGGCCGUACACGUUUAAAGACUUCCUCCUCAGGCCAAGAAGUCAUAAGUCGAGGGUUAAAGGUUACCUGAGGCUGAAGAUGGCAUACCUGCCGAAGAACGGCGCUCAGGAGGAGGAGAGCGGCGAGAUGAGGGAGGAGGCCGAGGGUUGGGAGGUGGACUCGGUGGAUCACGGCGGUUCUCGGCGCUCUCAGCAGCUUCUUCCUCCGUUGCCUACAGGUUGGGAGGAGAAAGUCGAUAAUCUCGGCCGGACGUAUUACGUCAAUCACAACAACCGAACCACACAAUGGAAAAGACCCAGUACAGUUGACGUGGUAUCGGAUACAGAAAGCGAUAACCACCAGCGUCAGAUCAACCAGGAAGCGCACCGGGUGUUCCGCUCCAGACGUCACAUCAGCGAGGACCUGGAGAACGAACACCUCGACCCCCGCGAGCUCGAUGAUCCCCUCCCCUCCCAGUCCUGGGACCCUAUCACUGAAGAGGAUUUCUCGGGGAUGAGUGAGGCCGUGGCUGGCCCCGCCUCCUCUGCCACGCCCAUUCAUCAGUUCAGCACUCCAGAGUUUUCAGAGGAGAUCAGCAUGAGGCUGUCGCUCACGCCUAGCACCAACGGAGAGGUGGGCGGAGCUAACAACACCGGGUCUCUCCUGUCAUCCAGGUUGCGUUCCUCCAGUAUGACUGAUGGAGUGAGUGAUCAGGCUCAGACUCCCUCACCUAUGACAUCGCAGUCCAGACGAACCCGAGCCCAAACGGUCACAGGCCUAGAGCAGUCCAUGUCCCUGCCCUCAGGGUGGGAGGAGAGAAAAGAUGCUAAAGGUAGAACAUAUUACGUCAAUCACAACAACCGCAGCACAACAUGGACACGCCCUAUUCUCCAGCACACUGAAGAUGGAGUGAGUUCUCCUGCAGGAGCUGUAGGAGGCGCUGUAGCUACCACACCUUCAUCCAGCGGCCAUCUUAGUGAACCCCAAAUACGCCGACCUCGUAGCCUUAGUUCCCCCACCGUCACCCUGUCCACUCCUCCAGAGGGAGCCAAUAACGUGCCGCUCCCCCGCGUGAUGAAGGACGCACUCUCGAACCCGCAGUCGCCCCAGCCCUCGCCCUACAGCUCGCCCAAAUCCCAGCAUAAGGUCACGCAGAGCUUCCUGCCCCCGGGGUGGGAGAUGAGGAUCGCCCCAAACGGACGCCCGUUCUUCAUCGACCACAACAGCAGAACGACCACAUGGGAGGAUCCACGUUUAAAGUACCCCGUCCACAUGAGGGCUAAAGGAGCUCUGGACCCCGGUGACCUCGGCCCACUUCCUCCGGGAUGGGAGGAGCGAGUCCAUGCAGACGGGAGAACGUUUUACAUCGACCACAACACGAAGAACACACAGUGGGAAGACCCUCGACUACAGAGUCCCGCUAUCACAGGACCGGCUGUCCCAUACUCGCGAGAGUUUAAACAGAAGUACGAUUACUUCAGGAAGAAGUUAAAGAAGCCAGCGGACAUUCCUAACCGUUUCGAGAUGAAGCUGCACAGAGGCAGUAUAUUCGAGGAGUCCUACAGACGGAUCAUGUCUCUGAAGCGGCCGGACGUCCUGAAGUCCCGCCUCUGGAUCGAGUUCGAGUCGGAGAAGGGGCUGGACUACGGGGGCGUGGCCAGAGAGUGGUUCUUCCUCAUCUCUAAGGAGAUGUUCAACCCAUAUUAUGGGCUGUUCGAGUACUCGGCCACAGAUAACUACACACUCCAGAUCAAUUCAAACUCAGGGCUGUGUAACGAGGAUCAUCUGUCGUACUUCAAGUUCAUCGGGCGAGUAGCGGGCAUGGCGGUGUAUCACGGCAAGCUGCUGGACGGUUUCUUCAUCCGACCCUUUUAUAAGAUGAUGCUGGGGAAACCCAUCACACUGAACGACAUGGAGUCAGUGGACAGUGAAUACUACAACUCUCUGAAGUGGAUUUUGGAGAACGACCCGAUGGAGCUCGACCUGCGCUUCUGUAUCGAUGAGGACAACUUCGGGCAGACCUACCAGGUGGACCUGAAGCCGAGCGGCUCUGACAUGGUCGUCACCAACGACAACAAGAAGGAGUAUAUCGAUUUGGUGAUACAGUGGCGGUUUGUGAACCGGGUGCAAAAACAGAUGAACGCCUUUAUGGAGGGAUUCACAGAACUGAUCCUCAUCGACUUAAUCAAGAUUUUUGAUGAGAACGAGUUGGAGUUGCUGAUGUGCGGUCUGGGUGACGUGGAUGUAAACGACUGGAGACAACACAGUGUGUAUAAGAACGGCUACUGCCCCAAUCACCCCGUCAUCCAGUGGUUCUGGAAGGCCGUGUUGCUAAUGGAUGCUGAGAAGAGAAUUCGGCUGCUGCAGUUCGUUACAGGAACAUCCAGGGUUCCUAUGAAUGGCUUCGCCGAGCUCUAUGGUUCAAAUGGGCCGCAGUUGUUUACCAUCGAGCAGUGGGGGACCCCAGACAAACUCCCCCGCGCACACACAUGUUUUAACCGGUUGGAUCUGCCAGCGUACGAGUCGUUCGAGGAUCUGCGGGAGAAGCUGCUGAUGGCCGUAGAGAACGCGCAGGGCUUCGAAGGAGUCGACUAGAGACACACGAACAUACACAAUGCAACAAACACACACACACACACACAUCCUAUCUGAUCUACACACUCUCUUUCACACACACACAAAGUCAAAUCUAAGGCCUGGUGCCUUUUAACCGUCCUGUUUGUGUGUGUGUGUGUGUGUGUGUGUGUGUGUGUGUGUGUGUGUGUGUGUGUUACACUUUAAGACUGAACUGAGACUUUACGCUACACUACAGCACAGUCCUUUAACCCUCUCUCUCCAUUUCCAUUACUUUGGCGACCUGUCUUUCUCUCUAACUCUCUGGGGUGCAUUUAUUUUUGCUCCCACCAUCAUCUCUGCACCUUUCUCUCUCUCUCUCUCUCUCUCUCUCUCUCUCUCUCUCCACACUUUUUCACAAAGGAUUAUGGGUAGUGAAGGCGCAGUAUUCAGUGAACCCCAUAUCAGGUCUUAUAAACACCAGAUUACCUUAGACGAUGAAGAGCCACUCUUCCUCCUCUUCCUCACGCCUCCUUCGCUCUUCUCUUCUUCCACGCUGGAAAUUUUUAAAAAUCGUUAAUUUUUUUUUUUCAAAAGAAACACGAAGGAACAGUAAUCAUCAUUUUUAGAUUUUUAUCAGUUAUCAUGCAGAUGAUCUUAUGACUUCUGCGUUAUUUUUCGUUAACGUACACGGUUUACAAUUUUAGGUAAAAAAAAAAUAAUAAAAGAACUCUAGCUGAAGGAUCUGGGUGAGUGUCGCAUGGCGAGCGAGCCGGCGGUCCCAGGAUCACCUGACUCCUAAUGAGUGUAUGAACACGCGUGCGUGCGUGUGUGUAUGUGGUGUUAUGGAUAUGAUUACGUAGUAAUUAACGCUGUUUUCCCGCGCGCCCCUGGACCUGCCGGGGAAAUCUGAGACGCCGUGUAUAAAACCACGCGUCUCUUCACAAGUGUAUUAUUAAUAUUAAUAUUAUUACAAUGAUUAUUUUGUUUGUACAUGAUAUACUUUUUUUUUUUUUGAGGAUUGAGGAAAAAAAACUAAACAAAACAAAGGUUUAACUGUAACUGUAUGUAUUAAAGCUUCUGUAAGUAUUAACAGCAUGAAUGAAGAUGUGAACGUUCUGACUGCUGCAGAUUUUUUUUUAGUUCCUCUUCCUGUCACCUUGCUUUUUAUUCCUUUUUCCCCUCUUUUUAUUAUUUAUGUUCAUCCUAACAUCACUAAAAGCUGUAAGGGCACUUUAUCGGUCACUCGCGAGCUCCGUGGGUCGACGUUGUUGUUGUUGUUUUUUUCUCUCUUUUAUUAAUAUUAACUUGAAUGUGACUUUAUAAUUAUCUAUGAUAUCUGUUCUGUUUCGAGCACUCAAACAACACGGUGCAAUACUCCCGUCUGCGUUCUGUCUGAUGCUCGCUCCAGCCUCGCAGCUCCUGGUCUGGGGUCAAGUCUCACCCUCCGGGGUCGCAGUGACACGGAUCAGGCCUGUAAAGGGGUGUGGCGUGUUUCUGAAUCAUUUUUUCUGUGUCGGUUUCUUUGCGUCAAAAUCAAUUUCUCUAGAUCGGUUUAUCUGCAUCAGGUUCUCCGAAUCAAUUUCUCUGAAACUGAUUUUCUGUAUUUGAUUCUUUAAAUGAAUUCCUUCGAAUCAGAUUCUCUGAAUCAUUUUAUUUUUUUGAAUUAGAUUCUUGAAACCCGUUCUUAGAAUUCGAUUCUCUGAAUCACUUUCUCUAAAUCACUUUCUCAGAAUCUGAUUGUCUGAAUCCCGUUACUCUGAGCCGCUCAGUUCUCGUACCUGGUUCCUGUGCUUUUCUCAGCUGAUUUCCGAUCUUCUCUCUGAUGUUAUUGUUGUCUUUCUUUAUUUCUUUCUUUCUUUUCUCUCUCUCUCUCUUUUGUAGAGCCUGUUGUUUUUGUAUCGAUGGGGAAUGUUCACCCUUGCGAUUCGUAUAACUUGGUUCAAAUUAAACUGAGGAAUAAAACUCUUA